AUGAGUAUUUUUGCCUUUUUAAUUGAAUUUUUUUGCCAAAUUUGCGGUUUUUUAGCCCGUGGAUUAUGGGAAUCGCGAUACAGUUGUUGCCAGUCUGAUCUGAGUAUAACCGGAUGCUGUGUAGCGGACUGUCAUGUUACUGACACUGCUCCCAGAUCAAUCUUGCAGACUUACAUUGAGACACCGCCACCAUCGGGUCCUAAGGAUUCUCGAAGCAAAAAAGUGUAUGCAUUUGAUUGCGAGAUGGUCUACACAGCAUGGGGAACAAUUCUGGCACGAAUUUCGAUGGUGGAUGUGAAAAAUAAGCUUGUGCUGGAUCUGAUUAUUCGCCCGGAACAUAAAAUCACCGAUUGCAACACACGCUUCAGUGGCUUAACACUGGAACAUUUUCAAGAAGCUCAGUGCAAUUUACAACAGGUCUUCCUUCCAUAG